UGUAUAUGUAUUUCCGAAACUGACCGAAAUAGGCAGCGAACAGAUUGUGGUAGUAACAGCAAUAUUUUGCCUCCUGAAAAUGUACGAUCGAGCCCCAAGGUCACUUACGAAACCAACAGACAGUACAGGUCAGAAUGUUGGGCCAGGAUCGUAUGAAGCCGCGGAACAUGGACGCACAAAACACGGUAUGGUUUAGAAACAGCAGAACAAACUAUGCAGGUUUAGUUCAGCUGUGACGUGAAUUGAAAUUUUGUACUUGGUACAGCGUAAAACUCAAAACUCACCUUUCAGUAAAGAAGCAAGUGUAUUCCGAAAGAUGUUAGUACAAACCCAAAACAUAUAGCACUAUAAAUCGACUCGUAAUCUUCUUACUUUACCAAUAUGUAUGUGCGUGUGGACUAACAUUGUUACCUUCAACACUUCCUCAAAGUAAUCGGGAAGAAAAAUACCAUAGGGACGUUACAGCACCCUUAACAGCUAAGCAGCAGUAAUACCAAUAGAUCAGAGGUAACUUCUUAGCUGCCCAUGAGAACUCACCCGUAAAUUGGGCUGUUUCAAGCAUGCUCAAUAUGUAAUGUGUAUGUAGGAGUUGCGUUGUCGUUUCUUUCAGCAGUUGCUACAUCUACAACAACGACUUAUUUUGACAAAAUACUUACCGACCUACUACAACUACUGAAACAAACUCCUCAGGUUGUUGAAACGUUAUUCACUACCACUGACAAUAGCCCUUCUUAGGACUACACCCACCAGGACGAUCAGACUGCACAAUGAAAAUAAUGUUAUCUCCAGGUUCAAACCAUUAACUGCAUUGUUUAUUUUGACAUUUAAGGCUGGUCUGUGUUCUAAAUUGGAUCUUAAAAUGUAGGUAAUAAUUUCGUUGACUUGAAAAAUUGAAGGCCAAUUACCCAACUUUUGUGAUCUGCAGAUGGAUACGCACCAUUCUUAUCCAUGACGGCACGUGAAACAUUUCUUGAUGUUGGUGACAAUGUCAUGGCUGCACCAGGACCUGGCCAGUAUGAUCCUGGUAUAAUGGGAGAGAGAGUGAGGGGAGGACACACGCUGGCCAACAGAGUGAGUACUGUGUUUUCAUCAAUCUUUUCAAUUUUUUCCUAUAUGUGAUUAAUAUUUCACCAUAAUCAUAUAUAUCUCCAGAAAACUACUUUAGAGUGAUGUUAGGAAUGUUCACACUACAAAUUCAUGCCAAAAUCUGAACAAAGAACUGAACGUGUUUAAACUAAAAGUUGUUUGUUGGAAUGUUCUUUUGAAUAUAUAUUACGUGCUUUGUAACUGAAUCGAAAUCUUUACAACCUAAUUGGAUGGUCUGUUGGUCUAAUUUUUUUAGUUAUUUUAUUAAAUUCUUAGUACAUGUUGUUUGUUGGUUCUGCAUGUGGAUAGUGGGUAUAGCAAAUGGUUCAGUGCUAACUAUUGGUUUGUCCACUUUUGAAGUUGCAAUUAAUUGGCUCAGCAUCACUGAGAAAUUCAGAGAAAAAAUAAAAAUGAUAAAUUUAUUUUACCAUGAUGAGAUGACUUCCAAAGUGCACAUAUUUAUCUGAAAUACUGCAUGUAUAUUCUCAUGCAAUUUAUGAAUUGAGACCUCAUCUAUCAUUACAGGCUUCUAGAUUCAGUGAUAAACAAUCUCAUACCCCUGGGCCAGGAGCUUAUAACUUACAAAAAAGAAGUGAUUGGUUGAGAGAGAAUCAGCCUCAAAAGGCACUACCUCCUGAUAUACAAGUUCAAGAAGGAAUGAAAGAUGGAUCUGUAAGUGGCAGAGAUUUUGUUAUAAUAUGUCAUGUUGAAAAACAGUUUUUAAUUGAUACUGAAACAUUCACGUUUUUUCUGUAAUAAACCAAAUAUAAGUACUACCUGCCUGGAUUUGACGCAAGUUGCUGUUAUUGAUUUCAUGUUGUUGAUGGGUGAACAACUGAACCCCUUGAUUUGUGUGAUAUUUAAUUCAAACAUCAAGCUUCUGGCUAUUCCAUUCUGUUGCCUAGUUCAAAGUGUAAUGAGAUGAGACCAUUCUUGGAAUUUCAUCACCUAAAAUAAUGUGUAAAACUUGACAAGGAUGACUCUUCACUUGACAAAAAGUACAUAAUUAUACAGUAUGUAUUAACAGCAAUAUUAGCAGAAAAUAAUUUUAAUAAUUAUACUCAUCUGAAUGUAUGUUUUUAUAGCUAUACAAGACAAGUCGCAUAACAUUUCAGAGGAAGGCUGACCCACCCUCCAUUCCAUCACCUGGCAAAGCAUAUGGAUAUGAAGAAGGAGCAGAUGGAACUCUACGGCCACAGGAUGUGCCAAAUCGUGACAGCACCAUGGGACCUGCUUAUUAUAGUGUUAAUCACGUAAGCAUUAAAUUUUAAGAAAUUAGAAUCAGAGGCUAUGAUUAAAAAAUACUAACAAUGAAUCAAAUGACUAGCUGUAAUACAAUGCAUACAGAGAUGGUUAAAAAAAUGUAAUAUUUGCUUUCAAAUUAUUCUCAUAAAAAAGAGACACAAACUGAGAUCAAUAGAGCAGUCUUUAGAGUUAUAAUUACUAAUAUAGUCAUGUUUUUUAGAUUUUUUUACAUUUAUUUACAAUUUUAACUUUUCAUUUAGAGGGAAACUGCCACUGUUCAAAGAUACAGGGGAGUUCAUUUUGGGAACAGAACAUCAAAGAGAAUGCAAUUUAAAGGUUGGUCUGGUGUUAAGAUGGACACGUACAGUAUGUGAGAAACUGUGCUCUGAUUACUUAGAAGUCCUGAGAGGGUUAAUGCUCAUUGCUACUAUCUUAAGGUAGCUUUAAUUUUUUAUUACACUUUUCUUGCUUGAAAUUAAAUUGUAUCACACUGGUAAUGAAACUGUUUAUGUAUUUCUCAGGAACUGGAGGACCAGGCCCUGGACAGUAUGAUCCAUUUAGGGACCCUGGAAUUAGAGCACCAAUUGAUCUGGUAAGUUAUGAAAUGAGUAGUCAAACUUAUAAAUUUAAAGUAGUUGUAGCAUUUUUCCUGCUAUGUGAGUGUGUAUAAAGAGAAAUAAAUAAAAAAUAGUGGAGAAUAGUUUGGAAUACUUUAGGUAGAUUUUGCCAAAAGGAAAGAAUUAUGAAAGAAAUACUGUAUGUAAACUAAUUAUGAACUUUAAGAGUCGAAAGUCUGCAUUUAAGUUUAGUGUUCCACAUUUGCUAGAGCUUAGCUCUCAUGAAGUAACUAGGACAGUUGUCUCUACCGACACCCAGAGAUGACCUGCUACUUUAUCAAUGACUACCCACAAGCCAGGCGGUGUGCACACUGCAAUUGUGUUGCAUUGUGGUAACUUCAUUUUUAAUAUGGUGAUGAAAGCAGCAGAAAUCAGCAGAUUUUGACUGAACAUUCUGUAAAAGUUAGGCUGUUCCUUUUCCUUUCACCAUAGGUAAAUGUAAUUUUUCACGAAGGAAUAACAGGAGUCGUGCAGGCCUGCAAACACUUUUUAAUGUUCAAAGGAAUGGCAACAGGCAGUGAAUCCCCAUUACAUUCCAUGUUUAUUCACGCUAUCUCCCUGCCACCAGAGAUGUUCACUCAACCACAACAGGAUGCAAAUGACUUACUUUUCAUUUUAUGACCAUGAUGCAAUGUAAUCAGAGUGUGCACACCACCUGCCCACAAGCUAUUGAUCAGGUUUCCCUGGCAGGUGGCUGCUAAUUAUUAUCCCUUCACACCCAAAUGUGAAUAUUCAUAUUCUCCUUACUGUUCUGUAUACAUUUCUCAAGGUGCUGAUAAGGAGAAUAUGUUGAACAAUCAUGAGCUUCUUUAGUUGGUGAUAAUUUCCUUUAUUUUUGUGACCUCAAUGCUUGAUGCAGGAGUGAUGUUGUAAGGGGAAAUUAGAUGCAAGUCAAUCUUAGGAAUCAAAGGGUUAACAGUUAACAUUCCUGAGUGGAGAAAGAGUCUCUGUGAGAGUAAAGUAUGUUGCUGAAGAUUACACGCAUAAUCAUGAUAUAUUUACUUCUAUUAAUGUUUUCUUUUCAAUUGCUAGGUGAUAGAGGAAAGCAGAAAGCAACCUUUUGAAUCAAAGGUAACAUUUUCAACAAAGCUAACUGUUAGACAAAAAAUUAUACUGUAUUUAAGGUUCAAUUAUCAUAAAAAAAGUCAGAGUUGACACUGGCAUAUUAUUGAUAAAAUAGUGAGUGUAGAUGGAAGCUUUACAGCUUUACUUUGGAUAUGUAAUUAUGGUCAACAUGUAUAAUUUACACACCAACAAUAAAAUGACAAAGAAUGAUUUAUUUUUUUCUUUAGUUACCCCGAUAUCAUGAAUCUAUAGUGGUUGUGGAAGAAAAGAAGGUAAAUUAUGACCUAGUAAACUUUUCAUGUUCAAAAGUUUUGCUGCAAAAGAAAUAUGUCACUAAUGAUCAUGAUAACUGAAAUAUAAUUCUAAUAAUUAAUUCUGUAAUUACCAUAUCAAUAGUUAGUACUGAGUCACGAUGCAGCAGUUGCCACUUGUUGGUAUUAAAGAAUUAUAGUACAUUUAGAGGCACAAAAUAAUGUUAAAUGCUUGGUAAACACUGAAAACUUGUGUGCUUGUGCUUGCUCUGGUUGUCCAAAGGUUGGAUAAUGCUAUCCACUGGAUUAAACUCUAUCUGGUGAAUAACUCUAUAUGUUUUGCUGUCACUUAUUGGCUGGAUAGUGAUUUAUCCAUUAGUUAGUGUUAUCUGCCCAUGACACAACUGGGCCUUGCAGUCUAUAGUUUGUAGUAUUUGUGGAGUAAUUAGUUCAAUCACUUACCAGUUACAAGGUGAAAUUUAGAAAAUUUUAGAUGCAGGGGCUGUGACAAUGUUGCAGUUGUACAACUUUUUUUCGGUCAUACUUACCAUUAUGUGUCAAAUUCUACAUGGUUUGAGAUUUUUCAAACCAUUUUGAGUGUUAGCUUUUCUUUGUUUAUCUUUGAUUUUUGAGGACUCAUAUAAGUCAAUUACAACUAAAAUUUACCAACCAAGCAAAAGUUAAAGCCACAACAUCACUACUUCCACCCCAAAAAUCAUUUCAUACUACCUCAAAUGAUUUCCAAGAAAGUUUACUUACUGGUAAUUUGAACACUAUUAAUAGUAUAUUACUAGCUUAUUGGUAUGUUUUUCUUUACUUGUAGGCUGUUCCAGGUCCAGGGAAAUAUGAAAUUAGAAGCCAGUUCUCAGCUAAACCACCACCUGUCAAUCAGGAUGAACCAAUCAUUCAUCCUCCAUUUGGCACUCAGUCCAGGGUAUGCCACUUCUAAUUUUUUACUCAGUUUUUCUGUUGUUUUUGUCUUUGUUUUCUAAUCUGGUAGGCUGUUGCCUUUUUAAACCUCCUACCGUGGAAUGAAAUUCCUCUUGAAAUACAUAAAAAGGACACCAUUAGCACCUUCAGUUCAGCCAUGAAAAAACAUUUCAUACCAUAGUGUUGUAAAUAGAUAAUCUAUGUGUUUUGGAUUAAUUUUUGUAUAUGUUUUUAACUGUAGAUGGUAGAUGUUUUUGUGAUUAAUAUUCAUACUUUGUAUUAUUCUUAGUUAUUUUAUAAAGAUAUCUAUGUGUUCUGAACUAAUAAUUGUAUCUUUUUUAUUUUUAACUGUAGAUGAUAAAUAUUUUGUGAUUGAGAUUCAUACUUUUUACUAUUCUUAGUUAUUUUAUGGUUACUGGGUUGAAUUUUUAGCACAGAGGGCUACUAGUUUAUCAGUUAUACUGUCAUGUGUUAUCCUCUCUAUUAAAGUUGUUACUUACUUAUUACUUUCCAAAUUUCUAUACUAAAGAAAACUUGCCACAAACUACCUUAACUCAGAAUGAACGUGAGUGUAUUAUUCCUUUUACAUUUUUCAUUUGCCUUAUUUAGCGCUUUGGAGACAGUAAGAAAGACACACCUGCUCCUGGCACAUACAAUGAUCCACGCAAUUCCCUAGAAAUACUUAAAAGGUAUGCACAAGUCUUCCAUAAUGAUUAAGUAACAGUUUGUUCUAUAAAAUGUCAGUCCUUUUUCUGAUUUGAGUCUCCAUCACCUUCUGGAAUUUUCAGCAUUGGUUCAAAAUUUAUAGAUCAAACUCUUUCUUUUGAUUUUGCAUGACCAUUUUUGGUGUCUUGGGAAUCUGGUUAUUUCCUGGAGCAACUUGUAAAAUACUACCUGUCAUAUUCUAAAGUCAAAUCCAAAUAGAUGGUUCUUAAGGUUCAAGAAGUUAUCAUCAGGAGAAUAUUUAUGAUAUACUUGACAUAUUUUUCCACUGAUGUUUAUUUUUCAUAAUUUGUAGGACUACAGGACUGAAGCGAAGUCCUUUUGGUCAAACAUCUGUGCGAUUUCAUGGGGAACAUCAUGUGAAAAGGACCCCUGGUGAGUGACAAUGCCAUCAUGUUAGAUACAUCUUAUUUUACCCUUUCAAAUGCAAACCAUGAUUCUAAAUCAGUAAUGUGGCUUCUCUUAACAUUCCUUUGUCUUAUAUUCAGUUGAGAGCUUUUUUAGCUAGCAAUGCAUGCAAAAACUUCUGAAUCUAACAGAACUUUGUAAAGCGUUGUAAUGUGCCAAAAAUUGGAGACACCCUCUGUCACCAAAAUCAAAUAUGGUUGCGGUGACAUGAAGGACUAUUUUAAACAUUAGAUGCCAAUUGUCACUCCCUAUUGAAAUGCCAGCAUAAUUACAUUUUCACUUCUGCUUAAAGCCAGAGAAAUUUUUAAGUUAUUGUUUAGUGUGUUAUGGUGCCUUUUCAUAUUUUUGGUCUUGAUUACUUGUUUACAACUUUUUAUUUUUUUAUUUUCACAAAAUUUCAUUAAAUACACUGUUUGCAUUAUGUUGGCACUAUUUAGAGGAAAAAAUUACAUCAAUCAUAUAACUCAUCCAGGGUAAUUUUAAAUGCUCUAUCAUAGGACCAGGAUCAUACAGCAUUCCAGACAUGACAUCAGAGUUGAUAAGAAAGGCCCAGUAAGUAUCAUUUGAUACAAGAGUAUCUUUUUCUGCUAUUUGUAAAUUGUUAGAGAUCACUGGCUUAUUAACUGAAUUUCCAUGCUUGAAUGGCUGAAAGUAACUGUUGUCUUGAAUAGAAGUUAUUUCCAAAUUGCAUUUGCAGGGGGUUGACAAUUAAUUUUAAGAUAUAUGAGAUACAGGUUGUGGCAGACUUGGUUCCAUACUUAGUCGAAGUCCCCUUUAUCAAAUCAACAGUUGAUUACGGUAGCAGACUGGGCAUAGUUUUACCUACUGCACUACGCUGCUGGCUAAAUGUAUGCAAUUUUUUAUUAAAACUUACUUACAUGGAAUGGGAUUACACUGCAAUAAUGCUUUGUUAGCUUCAACACCAUCCAUUCCUGCUUUCCAUCCUUAAAAGAAACCGUGGAUUCUUGGGUAAUUGGUUGAAGGGGUUGUAAGAGGGACGAAUUGUUUUGGCCUCAGAUGAGAAUUUUUUAAAGUUUAUAUUUAACUCUUUUGCCUUUCUUUUCAAGUCGUUUUCUUAAAUUUUUCUCUGCAGUGUUGAGAGUUCCAGGAAAGGUGCAUUUGGCUCAACAGCCGCACGAAUAGCACCGAUGAUGAGAAGGAAGGAGGAACAGAUGCCAGGUAUGAUCAGAACAAAGAUGUUUUGCUUUGUUACGUCUAAAUAUUUUGGGAAAUUUUAUACGUGUAAAAAAAGCUUGUGACAACAAUGUAUCUGACUUAAUCCGAAGAGAUAGUUUUAAGAGACAUUUGAGGUUUCGUUCGCGAAUAUGUUUGUACAACUCGGUUGUAGUCAAUGUUUUGCCUUUUCUUUUCCCUACAACGUUUGCUCUCUGUAUUUUCAAGGUCCUGCCCAUUACCUAACCAAAGACAAAGCUAAAAGUAAAGACGAUCCACCCUCAUCCACCUUCGUAUCUUCCACUGGUAGACUUCACACCCCUCCAGGGGUGGUGUUAGUAAGUGUUUCUGACCCCUUAAUUUGUUGUGAAUUUUUGUAGAUCGCAUAUAAACAUAUAAAACCACAUAUCCUUUUCUUUGAAGUAAGUUUCUUUGAAGCCCUAUACAGACAUUUGUGAUGGAGUCUUCUCGUGGCUCAGGAGGCUCUCUGGGGGGUUGGAAGGGGGCGUUAUUCCUGGUCGUCUCAUGCUUUAGAAACGAGAAUGCUCUUGAGGGACUAAUAAGCUAAAUGUGUAGCCCCUCAGCCUUUUAGUGAGCGGAGACGAGUCAAAGAGCGGGUGAACUACAAACGGUAAUUAUGGUUGUUGCUCACAUCGUUUUUAAUUAAGAGACUAAAUUUUAAAGUUUCUUAUUUGGUUGCCACAAAUUAGCUGCAAUGAGCUCCUGCUGUUAGCACUAAUUUGUGUUUUGAUAAUUUGACGCAGAUCAGAAUGACUAUGGCUUGUAUCAUCAGAUCGUAACUUGCACGUGUUAUUUCUCUCCUAGGAUAACCCUCCACCAGGGUCCUAUGAAGUCGGGAUUUCCUACGACUCAACACAAGGUGCGUGUACUGACCUGACCAGAGUUACUGAAAUUCGUGUGCUAAGGCAGUGACUCCGUAAACGGCCCCUCUUUCAAGUUGUACUUUUGUGGCCAUUUCUGUUCAGACGAUGAUACUUAACACCUCUUUUUGUGGUAAUACUUGGACAAAAUAAACUGAGUGCCGAAAUAAUAGGGGGAUUGCACUCCAAGAUUCUUAAAUUUGUUUCUUUAACAAUAGCUAAUAAUUAUGAUGCAGACAGACUGUUUUUUUUUCUCAAUGCUUACCGAUGGCCUGAUCUGAAAAAAGUCAGAAAUUUAUUUUGAAUGAAAUUUUUUAAACCUUGUGACAGAUAGGUAUACAUGAAAUAACAUAACGGCGUAUUUCUUUCAACAGGUCGUGUUCUAUACAGUAACGCCCAGAGAACGAACAAGAACACUAAGAAAAAGGGAGCGUUUUUAUCCUCGUCUAAUCGCUUCUAUGGACAGCGUCAAGUCAUGUCGGAAGAAGGAGAUCCUGGUUAGUGUUCUAAGACUUUCCAUAACCCUUUAACUCCCAAGAUCUGAUUAAUCCUCCCCUCUAGUUGCUAGACAUUCCCCAGUACAUUAGUUACGAGAAUUUGGUGUUAAAUCAAGAUAACAACUUCUUCUUAAAGUUUGAGUAUUAUAAUUACCUGUUUGCCGGAUAAUGUAUGGAUAUUUUCAAAACAUCUUUUUCUCCUCCAUUUGAAGAUUGAGAACUACUGCUCUUUAAUAUUAAUCCUCAUAUCUUUAUAGGGCCGGGCCAAUACGAAUUAAAAGACGGCUCGGCUCGAGGAGGUCUAAUGACGACCAGGGAACAAAGAUUUAAAUCAUCAAGAAAUGAAAAUCCAGGCCCAGGGAGCUAUGAGGUAUGUGUCUGAUUUUGGCGUAUGGAUUUGGAAAUUAAGAAAAACCUAAAAAAAAAAAAAUUAUUAUAAUAAUAGUGACAAUGAUAAAACAAACGCUUUUGAAAGCCUUAAAACUCGUGCGCCUUCAAAAGUUAAGCUUAGUAAACGUACCUUUUGGUUUAUUUUAAUCUUUUGUGUUUUGCCUUUACGAAUCUUGUUUCUAUUUCUCUCCUUUUUAAAGGCAAUUUUUUAAUUCUACAAAACAAUUCGAAAUAUAGGAACAUCAUUUUCAGUAUUAAUAUAGCGUAGCUUGUUAUGCAUCUUCCCCAAAAAGCAGUUACUGGCAGCAGAGUUAAUUUCUUUCCUUUUCAUUCUUCAGCUGAGUCCAUUACAGAUGCAUUCUAUGCUCAGGGGAACAUUCAAUGCCACCUUAAACAAUCCUGUAGCGAUGUCCUACGAAGAUGGCUUAGAACGGAGAUCACCUUCCAAGCAAGCUUUCUUACUGGGUGUCUGAGGAGGAAUUUGUCUCUUUUUUUUCUGUUCCAAUGAGUUUGAUGUUGCUUGGGAAUCAUCUUGUAUUCACAGAAGAUAAGAUAUUUUUCAGAGACCAUCGGUAAGGGAAGUGCUCAUGUGAAGUCGUGAAGGUUUGAAGCUGGGCGCGUAUACUUUGUUGUAAAUAUCAUUUAAGAGAAUUAGUGGCGUUAGUGAGUAGGAAUAAAAAUUCAUAUAUUGUUCUUCUGAAUACAAAAGGCUUUUACUUAAUGAGAAGAAAUUUAAAAAAUACUCUUUAAGUGUGAAGUAGCAAAUUUUAUCGCUUCUCCCUGAACUUCACGCUCUUUCCUUAUCUGCUUCCACUCCAAUAUCAGUGAAUGCUCCUACAUCUGUUCUAUUUACGUUUGGCGAUAUUUUCCUCUCGGUCGAAGAGAAACCCCGGCUCGAAAUUUGCUGCUCGACUCCAAAGUCGAUCUCAGUGUUAAGUCGAGCGAGUACCACGUGGUCUCUAUAUUGAUUUGUUUGUCAGAAAUGAAAGAUAACCUACGUCAUCGAUUUUCUCUUUGUAAAGGAUAUCAUGCAGAAAUAUUCGAUAAGUGAUGGGCUCCUGUUGAUAAUCAAUGUAGUUUCCCGCGAGAAAACAGUCGGUCAACAUUGAACAUAUUUUGAGGCGAACCCCUUGCGAUAACGAUUUUUGCAGCUUUGUAACACGUUCUACCGUGAAAACAAGCAUAACUGCAAGCCGAGGACAGUUAUUUAUCUAUUCAUACUUCACGACAUCUGGAACCUAAAGUGACUACUACCCCUCCCCCCACCUCGGCAUAGACGCAUGACCGCCGCGUGACGAUCACAUGCUUCAUUAUUGACCGCUCGGUGACUCAUAUAAUACAACGCUCAUCACUUCGUGAAAGCUCUUUUCGAGUAAGCUGUCUCAAGCGUUGUGUCCUCUUCGCCUCGAUUGCAUUAGUCUGCGAUCGAUUGAAAGCCUGAAGCCAAAUUGGGACAGAUGAACCUCCACGAUUUGUCUAAAAUCCGCAAUCAUAUUUGAACUUCGCAAUGGGCCUUGCUUACCCUAGAGUCUCUAUGGCUCACUGGUAAAGCAUCGGAGCGCGGAAUCCGAAAGGUCCGAGGUUCGAUUCCUCAUGGGGACUCAGAAUUUUUUCUUUGUCCCACGCUCGUGAUUAGAUGAAAACACAUCUUUCUCUAUCCACGAUCUAGUUGUCAGAAACCUGCGUUCCUUUUGUCCCAAAUAUUACCGGAGAGACAGUGAGUAACGAAGCAGCUCUUUCGAUUAAACCAGGUGGCAAUAUUCCGCUUCCAAUAUAAAAUCAUUUUGAAACCUUAGUUCUAUAUAGAAGCAUAGAAAUAGAUGUUAAUCGAAUCGAUUUCUCCGCACCAGUAGUGUAUUUACUUCAAACAUUCAACUCUGAGAAGCUUUUGACGUUGACAUUUUAAUAGUGUCAAUACAUUUUCUCGCAUCCAAAUCAUGCGACAAGAUCAAAUGUGGAUUAGAGUUCAAACUCCAAGUAGCUGGUUGCUGGAAACUGGACAAGAAUUUCCGGAGAAACAUCAAGCUGCGAGUGAAAGGAUUCGUGUUAUGUUACAUGUCACGCAAGCUCCGUCGUAAUUAUUAGCGAAAGACUCUACUUUCCGCGUGAGAGGGGUUCUACAAAAAUUCAAUUGAAAAUGACAUCUGAAGAAUGGUCUCCAUGGCUUUCAUCCACCUCGUAAAGGUUCUGGCCAUUACGUAAGGGAACACAAACCUCAUGGAGACAAUUCCCUAGAGUGACGUGAUUAUUGUGGAAAUUUGACAACCCAGAGGAAGAACGUUGAUUAUUUUGCUGUUGUUUAAUUCAAUAGCGUCUUUUAUACCUCCAUUGAUUUCUACACGUGUGGGCUUUCACGCAACUUUAUCCACUGAAAAUACGAAAAUCCUGCCGACCUUAGCCGUGAUCACAUUUACUAAGGAGCAUUUAUCCUGCGUUUCCACCGUUUGCGUGUAAUAUUCUUCAUGAUAUCAUUACUUAUCAGGCAGUCUCCUUUCAUGAAUAAAACAAAAGCGUUUAAAUCAGCUGAUGCAAACCGCCCGAGCAAUUGUUCCCUCAAGACAAUGAAAUGGAUGGAAGUCAUGCAAGGUCAACCUGGAAUUCUUAAAAAAAAAAAAAAAAAAAAUUACUUGACUGAAAUUGAUAUAAGACCUCGUGAUAAGCCAUGAUCUGAAAAUUAAUUUCCGGUAAGAGUAAACAUACCCCCAUUAACAUUCGUGAAGCUCAUUAUUAUUUAUAUUGUUUUGUCGAAGUUGACCUCCUAAGCGGGGGGGAUCGUUUUUUGUAAACAAGCGUGACAGCAUAACGCAUCAAGUCAAUAACACGCGGACAUCACAUGACAAGGCGGUAAACAGGCCAUUGUUGACGUCCGGUUAGUCAGUCUUUUACUUUGCCGGCGGUAAAAACUUGAGUUAACACGCGGUCAAAGCACGUUACUGGAAUAUUCCUCACGAUUCAGUAUAAACUGGUCUGCGCCUCGAGAAAGAAUGCUGUCCACCAUGCGAAAGGUUUGCUUUUCUUCGUCUCGCAUUAUUCGUCCUCUCGUUAAUUCGACCGACAUCUUGGUUCGUGGUGCACAUCAAGCGAAAGCCCAAGCACCAACCGCCACUGUGAACACAAGUGAACAUGAUUUGAAACUGGUCAACGGUGAGGAAAACUUUCAGUUUUUCUAUACUUGUAUUUCAGUCUUAAGCUUGGUGUUAAUUCGAUUGGGUUCUUCUGUAACGUUUUUCUUCGUUCUGACGAAGGGCGAACACUCGAGAGCUCCUUGCGUUAGCCAAUUGACAUAAUCAGUUGAUAACAGCAAAAGAUUUUCUGUCACGUAUCAAGCGAUGGCGCUUGAGUCGCGAUUUGGUCCUUUCAAACUGAUCGUCAUCUCAGACGUAUCUUUUACCAAGUCCUUUAAUAUGCACUUUGCAUCUGUUAAUGGAAGAUAACAAGAUCAUUAAUGUAACCAAAAAACUUUUUUUUUCCAAUUUGAUUACAUUUUAUCCGACGCUUCUAACGUUUAUUCGACGCUGAGGAAAGAGCAGUGGCCUAGAGAAAAACAUUGUCCAUUUUCAGGCAGAACUAGUUAAACCGGUUUUGAAUCCUGAUUUUGCUGUGUGCUGUGAGCUUUUUUCCUCGGUGUUACAUAUUUCCUGUUACGUAUUUCCUGUCGAUAACAUUGGGAAGUUUGUGGGUGGCAAUGAUCCUAUACAUUCAGAAAUAGUGCAGUGUAGUUUUUUAGGUCUCUUAUCUCAUAUAAAGAUCGUUUUCACAUACAUCUGUCUCAGCUAAUCAACAUUGGCUAGCUUUGUCCUGUACAUUAUGAAACAAGUAAUCACUCUUCCUCGUAAAAAUAAAGGCAGGGGAGGACAAGAUUUCCACAUAGUCUAUUUCUUUAUUAUGCAUGCAGUUCUUGGAUGAAAAUAAAACCUUUUCAAGAGCAAUAGAUGUGCUUAGAGUCUACAGCUUUGUUUUUGAUCAGUAUGGGGUUAUACUGAAGUAUUUCCUAGAGGAGAGGUAAUACAGUGCAAAAAUGAGUCAAUUUAUUGCCAAAAAUGCAACUAUUUAGCUGGUUUUUGAGCUUUUUUUCUGAUUGUAAAACUGAAGAAAAAUAUUUGUUAGAAAUUGUUGUUUUGAAUGAACUUUAAUAUAUUGAACAGAGUUGCUAUGGUAGGAUGCACAAUGAUGAUAUCAGGGUAUCAAUGCAUUAUUUUUUUCCUUGUGGAAUACAUUGCAGACACACAAUGAAUUAGCUUUCUUUCAUGGGAAAGCUUUUAUUAUUGAACAAUGCCUGCUGUUGUAAAUGCCUUGAUCUCUUUCUGUAGAUGAAACACAAGCUUCUACACAAAACAACUUUAUUCAUACACUAGUCUUCAAGCUUAAAUUAUGAUUCAAUGAUAUUGUUCCUCAAAAAUUCACUUUGUCACCAUGAGUGUUUCUGCUGUGAAGACUUAAGAGAUUCAACUAGAAAAGAGGUUCCAUGACAGAUUUUUAUUCACUUUACUCAGUGUUUAAUGUUACAGGUAGAAAAUGAAUAGUUGAGAUCUUAGCCUCUGUGGUUUUUAGUUAAGAAAAAUUUCUAUUGUCUUCAUGAUAUUUCUCCGCACAUAAAAUGCCUGAUUCUUUGUUGUGUGAUAUUGGUUGCAAAAUAUUUCAAAGACCACCCAGAGAUUUCAAGCAUCAUUAAUUACUGCAGAAGGUUUGCUCCAGUUAACUUUUUUCUCAGAAAUUUUAUGAGUCUUCAAAUCAAGAUUAGUGCAAAAAUUAUGUUUUUAUACCUGGUUUAAUUUUAAUGGUUUUGUUUGAAGGUUUUUUUUUUUAACCCUUGACAACCUUUGAUCAGUUUGCAUACUCUCCUUACUUUCCUUGAUUUUUGUGACCUUGAUGUGUGAUUCAGGGGAGAUAUUGUGGGGAGAAAUAAGAUGCUUGUCAUUCUUAAGAAUGAAAGGACCAAUGAAAUGAAGACACAGUAUGUCUGAAAGUGUGAAACUAACUUUGAGGAAAUUGAAAGAGUUCAUGUAGACCUGAAUUACUUCAUAUAGUUAUCUUCACAUGAAAUUUUUGGUGGUAUUGAAAAUGUUGUUGUACAAAGUACUUGAAUAAAGGGAGUGCAUUACAAAAUUACUCUUUCUCUUCCUGAAAUGUACUUUGACUUUACCUCAGGUGCCCUGUUGAAAAAUCCUCGCUCUGAGUAUAGAAUGGUCCGUCAAUACCAAGGAAAGAUUAAGGCUGUGAUCUUUGACUGGUCUGGCACUGUUUUGGAUUGCGGCGUCUACUCACCAGCUGUUGUGUUCAAUGAAGUCUUUAAAAAUGAGGGAGUCCCAAUCACAAUGGAAGAGGCAAGAGAGCCCAUGGGAAUGCACAAAAGGGUGCACAUCCGUAAGGUCACAGAGAUGGAGUCUGUACGAAGGAGAUGGUUUGAAAAGUUUGGUCGCUUUCCCAAUGAGGAUGAUGUGGAAAGAAUGUUUCAGAACUUUGUUCCUUUGCAACUUGACUGUAUUUUGGACUACUCUCAGAUGAUAACUGGUGCAGUUGACACUGUUAAUUACCUGCGUAACAACAUGAACCUGAAGAUUGGGUCCACAACCGGAUUCACUAAAUCCAUGUUAGAUGUACUGAAGGUGGCUGCCACUAAGCAGGGCUAUACUCCUGAUUGUUAUGUUGCAGCAGAUGAGGUACCACAAGCCCGACCUUACCCUUACAUGGUUUGGUUGAGUGCUAUUAGACUGGAUGUCAAUCCCAUCGAAGCCCUUGUUAAAGUUGAUGACACAGCUGAUGGAGUCAGGGAAGGUACAUCUGCAGGCUGCUGGAGUGUAGGACUUGCUAAAACAGUAAGUUUCUUUUAUGAUAUGAUUAUAGACAAGGAUAUCACAAAAUAGCCAGUUUCUCUCUCUCUCUCUCUCUCUCUCUCUCUCUCUUACACACACUCACUCAGAACCAUAAAUAAGCUUCUUGAUUAAGGUAUUAGCUCUCAUUUACACAAUUUCCCUUACUUAGCAAGAAGUAUAGUUCAAUAUAAUAUAUAUGCAUUGUUUCUUUACUUAGUAUUCUCCUACAAAGACAAUCAGACUACUGUAACUGGCAAAAAGAUGCCCAGUUGUUAAGAGCCAAAUCAGCACAAACCCAGAGUGAAUUUUUGUCGUUGUUGUUGUUUUUUUUUUGUUCUGAAGUCUUAAUGGGAUAAGUACAGCAACCAAUAAUUAAAUUGUGGACAACAAGAGUUAAAAUUAAUUUACUUUUAAGACUUUCAUCUCUAAAAUCAGAUCCCACACUAAUCCUGAGUUAUCAUACCCGCCCUUUGAACAACACAGCCCUGAAAUCAUAAAAUGGUUACCAGAAAUUAAAUUGUGGUUGCCAGAUAAAACACUUGUGCAAUAUUGCGUAGCAUGCUAAACAACUGACCACAACUUUACACUGUGGUAUUUGGAGAUUCCCAUAAAAUUCCAAGGCUCUGUACCUCUGGAAACUAAGGUGAAAGAAGAAAGGUUCUUUUUCUGAAGACAAUGAAACACAAAUAUUGUUUUAUUGUAACUAAGUUAUAGGAAUGUUGCAAAUUGGUGUAUGAAACAGUUCCCUUAAAUUUCCAACUCUUGCUGCAAAUUUAAUGGGCAAAAUUUUUACUAGUCAGCAUGUCAAUCUAAGACUCUGAAGGACUAUAUACUUUUUUCUGGUGGACCUUCUAACAACUCUGUUUUUUUCUUUAACCAGGGAAAUUAUGUAGGUUUGAAUGAAGAAGAGAUCGCCAGCCUGAGUGAUGAUGACCUUGAAAGGAAGCUGAAACGUUCUUACGAUAUCCUGGCCAAUGCUGGUGCUCAUUACGUAAUUGAUUCCAUUAGUGAUCUGCCUCCAGUUAUUGAAGAUAUCAACCGACGCCUUGCCUCUGGAGAAAAGCCAUGAACAAUGAUAACAAAGCAGUUAAGGUUAUUAUAACAAUCUGACCUAGUUGCUAAGAAUUAUUUUUAAGUUCUCAUUUUCCAGCUUUUUUUCUUAUUUUCAGUGUUGUGAUUUUUAGGCUACUUGAAGGUUUGAGACAAUUCUAUGGAAGCAUUGCAGCGUCCCUUUUGAAAAACAUAUUGCACCCUUUUAUGUGUCAAGUAAUUUUGCUGAAAGCAAUAUAGACUUAAAGAGACUAAGCAAUCUAAGAUUCUCAGACUCAAAUAGUUACAUGUACAGGUCAAAUCCUCUUUUAAUUGGUAACAGCAGAUUUUAGUUGAGGUGUAGUUAAGUGUGAAAUGGGUGUGGUUAUGAUCACAACAGGACACAGGAGAAUUUGACUUUUUCCUUUCAUGAACAAGUACUGAAUUUGCAAAAGAUAAUUUUAAUAUGUAUAAGAUUUCAAUAGGUAACAAGCAAAUAUGAUGAAAUUCUGGCAUGUAACUGACAAUUUUUAAGCAAGAUAGGUACAAACUCUUGACUGUUCUCAGAUGUCUUGCACAAUUUUCACUCCCAGUUUUCUUAGAAAGGAUUGUUAGUUUUCAAAGUAAAUUACAAGAAAAGUUAAAGUUGAAAUUUUGUAUAAUUCUUAUCUGAAAUAUUCCAUAAUGAUAUUGUAACUUAAUGUAUUUAUGAUAUAUUUAGGAAGACAGUCAAUCAUUGCGUAACAUCAAGAAUUGUUGAAACUAUGCAAAGACAUGAAAAUCUAUGUUGAUUUUUUUAAGUUUCAUUUUAUUGCUUGUUUUUAUUCAACUAAGUAUAUUCAUGCACUGCAUAGUAAUAACAUAAUAGUUUCUUCAGAUUGUGCAACUUUUGUAAUUGUUAAGGCUGUUUUUUAUAUCCAUCUGGGAAGAACAAGCCAUUAAAUUUAAAUCCUCAGAUACCCUAUUUCCUGGAAUGAAGGCCCUCGCUCCUUUAAGCGCUCUUCCCCUUUGCCAUAAUAUCAAACAAGCACCACUCCCCCCUCGUUCUUCCUCACUUUCUUGAUUAAUAGGGAUACAUGGGAAACCGUUUUGUAUUUCACGUUAUAACUUUUUACUGGGAUACCUGUGGUAGCCCAGUCAUAAAAUGCCUUUGUUUUUUUGUCGUCUUUUUUUUUAUUUCCUCCGCCACAAAAUGGAAAAAUUGCGCAAUAGUACUCAGUGGUCAUUGGGCUCUCAACACCAUGACAACCAACUGCGAUCCAAUGAAGUGUUCACAUGCCGAUCACGCGUGUUAGCUUGAUUGAUCAUUGACGUUGUCAUGCACAGACAGGGCCGGGUCACAUGACGAACCACGGAAUUUUUACAUAUAAAACUCUUUUGUUAGUCGUUUUGUAUUUCAACGUGUUUGGAUUACGAUCACCCGGAGCGUUAUGGCGCAAACGCUCAAAAUACUUACAGACGUAUACACAAGUCUUAUUGUUCGCGGCCAAUCCACGCUAAAAGGUGUUACUGAGCGGUAAUUUUCGAACGGAUUGAGUCGCCAACGCUUGAAAGCCAUAAAUGCCUUGUAUGCCUUGUAUGCCAAGUAUGCCAUCUUUUAGUUGAAAAACGUACACUUGUUGUAAAAAGCAAAAUCUGAAAUCUGAAACCAAACUGCAUAUACUCUAUGUAAUCUGUUGAACAACACUCUUACCGUGAGACUAAAGAACAAAACUCUAAUGGAUGCAAACUGAUAGUGAAGAAAGACGGCAUGUUGGUUCACUUGAUGCCAGGGAACGUAGCUACGAUAACAGUGCGAAUGGUAUUAAUUUCACGAUCAGAAAGGUGAAUCUUAUGU